AGAGAGCCAGGCUCGGCGGGGCGAGGCCCAGGGCCCGGGUGGGGCGAUGGAGGAAGCGCUGCUCUCCACCCCCAUCAACCCCAACAACUUCCCUGCCAAGCUGUGGCGGCUGGUGAACAGCCCCCGGUAUCGCUCCAUCCGCUGGGACGGCCGCGGCGAGGGGCUGCUCAUCGACCAGCCGCUCUUCGAGGCCGAGCUGCUCAGCCCACCUGGGGCCGGGGGCGGCGGCGGCGGGGGCGGCGGAUGCACUGGGGCCGAGCCAGAGCUCUUCAAAACCACCAACUUUACCAGCUUCAUCCGCCAGCUCAACCUCUACGGCUUCCGCAAGGUGGUGCCGGGCGGGCCGGGUGGGCCGGGCGGCGGCGGGCCGGCGGGCGAAGGGCCGCUGCACCACUUCCACAGCCCGCACUUCCGCCGCGACCAGCCGCAGCUGCUCGUGCACCUCAAGAGGCUCACCAGCGCCAACAAGGCCAAGCUGGCGGCCGGCCUGGAGGUGCCCUGCCGCCCGCCCAACCGCUUCCAGAGGCUCCUCAUCACGUCGGCCUCGGCUUCGGCCUCGGCCUCCACCUCCCCGCUGCAGCACCAGGAGCCGCAGACGCCCCGGCCCGAGCCGCACGGACCAGUGGCUGUAGGACAAUUCCACCGGUCGUUCCGGCAAGAUAGUUUGUCUCCUUACUCCUACGUAUCAACUUCAUCCCACAACCACAGUACUUUCCCUCUGAAAGGUUUAGAUCGGACCCCGAUUCCUCCUAGAACAUGGCAGAACUCUCUUGGAAUGCACUCAGGACAAGUGGAAACGUCUCCCACUUUUUCAGAUAAAGGGGUUCCAUUUUCUGUACUGCAGAGGUUUCCCACUGAGGUCACCUAUACCCUGCAGCCCAGUGCCACAUCCGUACAUGUUCAGCAAGGUCCUCAAACAAUGGUCAGCUCCUCCCAAAAAUAUACUAACUACACACCCUCCGCGCAGUACUCCCAAGCCUACUAUCCAACAGCCGUGCUGCAGUGCUGCCCUCCCUCCACCCACAUGGACGCGCUCAGUAGCUGUGUCGCCCCCGCGGCCUCUUCCUACGCACACUGCAACUACUUCCAGAAUCCUCCAAUGCAAGCUUCCUAUCCAGUUGAAUUUCUACCUUCUAAUUGGCCUUGCAGUGCUACUGAUGAAAAUAAAAAGACAGAAGUAAACCUAGAGGCUGUUUUUCAAAUAGUAGAUGAGUUGCAUUCCUCCCCUAAAUUGGAGAUGGUAAAGGUGGAACCUGUUGAGAAUCAGUGCUCAACAUCUCAGUCUAACAGAGGCCAACAUAUCCUAGCUAACUCAAACAGCAGCAAUCCAUCUUUCACAAGUCAGGCUAGCCAGCUGGAGCCACUCACUCCUGUAGGCUCAGAUAUUACGUCUUUUGUGGUCGGAACAGAACAAGCAAUUACCUGCUCUCUACCACAGUCACCCGAGUACAUCUAUACCAUCCAUACAGCUCAGCCUGUUGAAAAUACUACAAUGCAGGAAUCUGCAGCCAUCCAGCAAGCUCAUGUCAAACUGAAGGAGCAGCUAAGUCAUAAUCCAUCUCCAACUUCAGUAGUAUUUGUGCAGGAAGGGCUACCGUUCAGCACACACCAGGUGGAUGCCAGUACAAAAUGCCAGACCAAUCCACCUGAGAAUAUCUUGCCUUCAGAACAGAUGGGAUUCCUUAUUUCAGAAGUGGGGCCUGCUAGCAAGCGUAGUAAAGAUGCAGGUUUAUCCACUCCAGCCAGAUACAGAGAACGAAGAAGCAACUCACAGCAAGGAAAGUCCCCUGAUCUUCAUCUGCUGGUGGAUGUGGCCUGCAAGCAGGAGCACUUUCCGAAGGAGGAAGAAUUAAAAGAGUGAGGAAUGGAUGACAAAUGUGACAUUGUGCACUGGCUGUAGCUGGAGGCAGACUAGCCUUGCACGUGACACACUGUUGGAAUUUUUUUUAGUUCUGUUAAGGAAAAAAAAUUAUUUUUGUUUUGUUAAUUGAGAAUUCUGUUGAUUGAGAAUUGGGAAUUUGGUAUUUACCACAGCUGUUCAGUUCAGAUUAUUUACCUUGACAAACUAUUAAACAUCUAGCAGCCUUUUUUUGUUUUUUUGUUUUUGCUGCCCAGAUCCCUUUCAAAUGAAAAGUCCUGGCCUUCUGUUACAGUCGAGAAGCAUCUAAAAACAGCUGCAUC